GAUCUUCCCUCUGCGGUACUUUUAACCUCUCCGUCCCCAUCCGCUUUGCCCAAAUCUGCUCCUUCGAAACCAACGUUCACCUGCCCUUUCUCGUCCUUUUCUCCGCUCUGCAAUUGCCAGUCCUCCUACUUAUAACAAGGCCCCAGCCUCAGGCUGCACGACACAUUCCCCCACCACACCACACCACACCACACCAUCACCAUCACUUCACAGCAGCAACACACACCGCCAUCCACCAUGACAGCAAUCCAACAGUCAUAUUCAUUUGACUGGGCUGGCGAUGCUUUCACUGCCAUGCAACAGUCCAACGCAAGCCCACAGCAAGCCAAGUGGGCGACUGACUUCAGCAAUCCCACCUCUAUGCCGCCCCAGCAGCCCUUCUCCAUUCCACCUUCCCUGCUUACACACGCCACAAUGGAGCGCUAUGGUCAAGUCACCCCGCCAGAAGAGCACUCCCCAGUUCAGCCCAAUCGCGAAGAUCGCGAAGGCUCAAUUCCCGUCGACGAAUUGCGGAACGAGACCGCCCUAAGGCCCAAGCAAGAACCCUCGCCACACAUGUCGCCCGCAAAGCGACAACGCCCUAGUCGCCAUGAUUCGGCCAAUCAGGACAUGGUUGCCGGUGAACUGCCUAGCGCCGCCGUCCCGCAACACCAAGACAAUGCCGACGGCAACCCCCAGCCGCCGAAGCGCAAGCGGGGAAGGCCCAAGUCGCAACCUCAGAUGAUUGAGGCCUACACUGCAGACGGCUAUCCCUUCCAGGUCUCUUCGGCCCGACAGACCCAUCUCGAGAAGAACCGUGUCGCUGCUCACAAAUGCAGGCAGCGCAAGAAGGAGUACAUCAACAGCCUCGAAGGCCGCGCACGCGAAUUCUCCGCAAAGAACAAGAUGCUCAAGGAGAAUGUCGCUCUCUUACGUGAGGAAGUCCUUGAUCUUAAGAACGAAGUACUGGCCCACGCCGGCUGUGGCUUCUGGGCCAUCGACGAGUACCUAGCGAGAUGUGCUGGUGGCCUUCUCGGUAUGGAUGCACCUGCACCUGGUAUGCCUGGCCACCACGCCACACCACGGCUCAACAACAGCAAUCACAGCCCCGUCAUGGCUUCCCCCAGCACCGCUCACCAACAUGCCCGGGAGACCAGUAUGGGAUCCAUGAGUUCCGGUGAUGCCGAUGACUUUGGCGGCCUCGAACUCCUCAAGGACUUUACCGAUGAAGACAUGGAUGAUUUGGAGGCAUAGGAAGCCAACCUGAACAUUCUCGCAUUCAAGGCCUUUUAUUGUUAACGCAUCCCACACCACCCUGACUUCUUCGAUACCGAGUGUAGAUUGUUGGGUUGCAAGUUUUCCUCACUUCUUCCAAUCACUUCACGAUACCCCUGGGCCUUGCCCUACUUUGAGCAACUAAAAGCUUCUUCUUCUUUUCUUUAUUGCAUUUGCUGCAAU